AUGGAGAAUCGACCAUCGGAGAAGAAGAGCGAGACUCUGGCUUCGGAGGUAAAGAGUUGGAUUCAGGCAUCGGAGAAGAAGAGUGAGACUCGGGCAUUGGAGAAGAAGAGUGAGAUUCAGGCAUCAGAGAAGAAGAGUGAGAUUCGGGCAUUGGAGAAGAAGAGUGAGAUCCAGGCAUCGGAGAAGAAGAGCGAGACUCGGAAGAAGAGUGACACUCGGGCAUCGGAGAAGAAGAGUGACACUCGGGCAUCGGAGAAGAAGAGCGAGACUCAGGCAUCAGAGAGGAAGAGUGAGACUCGGGCAUCAGAGAAGAAGAGCGAGACUCAGGCAUCAGAGAGGAAGAGUGAGACUCGGGCAUUGGAGAAGAAGAGUGAGAUUCAGGCAUCAGAGAAGAAGAGUGAGAUUCGGGCAUCAGAGAAGAAGAGUGAGACUCGGGCAUCGGAGAAGAAGAGUUGGAUUCAGGCAUCGGAGAAGAAGAAGAAGAAGAGCGAGACUCAGGCAUUGGAGAAGAAGAGCGAGACUCAGGCAUCAGAGAAGAAGAGUGACACUCGGGCAUCGGAGAAGAAGAGCGAGACUCAGGCAUCGGAGAAGAAGAGCGAGACUCAGACAUCAGAGAAGAAGAGUGACACUCGGGCAUCGGAGAAGAAGAGCGAGACUCAGGCAUCGGAGAAGAAGAGCGAGACUCAGGCAUCGGAGAAGAAGAGCGAGACUCAGAAGAAGAGUGACACUCGGGCAUCGGAGAAGAAGAGCGAGACUCAGGCAUCGGAGAAGAAGAGCGAGACUCAGGCAUCAGAGAAGAAGAGUGACACUCGAGCAUCGGAGAAGAAGAGCGAGACUCAGGCAUCGGAGAAGAAGAGCGAGACUCAGGCAUCGGAGAAGAAGAGCGAGACUCAGAAAAAGAGUGACACUCGGGCAUCGGAGAAGAAGAGCGAGACUCAGGCAUUGGAGAAGAAGAGCGAGACUCAGGCAUCAGAGAAGAAGAGUGACACUCGGGCAUCGGAGAAGAAGAGCGAGACUCAGGCAUCGGAGAAGAAGAGCGAGACUCAGGCAUCAGAGAAGAAGAGUGACACUCGGGCAUCGGAGAAGAAGAGCGAGACUCAGGCAUCGGAGAAGAAGAGCGAGACUCAGGCAUCGGAGAAGAAGAGCGAGACUCAGAAGAAGAGUGACACUCGGGCAUCGGAGAAGAAGAGCGAGACUCAGGCAUCGGAGAAGAAGAGCGAGACUCAGGCAUCAGAGAAGAAGAGUGACACUCGAGCAUCGGAGAAGAAGAGCGAGACUCAGGCAUCGGAGAAGAAGAGCGAGACUCAGGCAUCGGAGAAGAAGAGCGAGACUCAGGCAUCAGAGAAGAAGAGUGAGACUCGUGCAUUGGAGAAGAAGAGUGAGAUUCAGGCAUCAGAGAAAAAGAGUGAGAUUCAGGCAUCGGAGAAGAAGAGUGAGAUUCAGGCAUCACAGAAGAAGAGUGAGAUUCAGGCAUCGGAGAAGAAGAGUGAGAUUCGGGCAUCAGAGAAGAAGAGUGAGAUUCAGGCAUCGGAGAAGAAGAGUGAGAUUCAGGCAUCGGAGAAGAAGAAUGAGAUUCGGGCAUUGGAGAAGAUGAGUGAGAAUCGCGCAUCGGAGAAGAAUAGCGAGACUCGGGCAUCGGAGAAGAAGAGUGAGACUCGGGCAUCAAAGCAGAUGAGUGAGAUUCGGGCAUUGGAGAAGAAGAGUGAGAUUCAGGCAUCGGAGAAGAAGAGCGAGACUCGGGCAUCGGAGAAAAAGAGCGAGACUCGGGCAUUGGAGAAGAAGAGUGAGACUCACGCAUCGGAGAAGAAGAGCGAGACUCGGGCAUCGGAGAAAAAGAAAGAGCGAGACGCGGGCAUCGGAGAAGAAGAGGGAGACUCGGGCAUCGGAGAAGAAGAGCGAGACGCGGGCAUCGGAGAAGAAGAGCGAGACUCGGGCAUCGGAGAAGAAGAGGGAGACUCGGGCAUCGGAGAAAUAGAGCGAGACUUGGGCAUCAUAGGAGAACAAGACCCUGACAUUGGAGAAGAAGAGCGAGACGCGGGCAUCGGAGAAGAAGAGCGAGACUCGGGCAUCGGAGAAGAAGAGUGA